UGAGUGACUGAGUGACUGAGUGAAGUUCAUAUGUGGUUUAAGGGUGGGUGAAAACAAAGUUGGGUGCAGUGGAAUCGGUGAAGGUAACAUGAAGUGGUCUUGUGAUAAUUGUUUGUGUUUCUGCCGGUCAGAGGGAGCGGGCGCUUCACGCCACACUAAUUGGGAAGGGAGCUGUGACUUGUUUUGCUCUCAAGAAAAGGGCACCAUUGAAAGAGUGACUACUGGGGUAGCGGUAAAUGUGAAAGUGGACCAGCUGAAGGGAAAGAUUCCCAGAGUUUGUGAUGCUUGUCGUUUGGUGUGACGCAAACAUUGUGGUGUGAAUGUAAAAAUAGAAGUCAUGGUCUGUUCUUUUGAGUUUUGAUGUUAAGUAUUUACCCGACAAAGUGAUGUUAGGAAAUUUCAGUUAUCCCGUGCGAGCCUUUGCGCAGAAUCCAUUACGUUGUUACAGGUGUCAAGCUUGUGAGCAUCUGGCAGCAGUGUGUAGGUGUGAGGUUCCUAGGUGUGAGAAGUAUGCAGAAGGACAUAAAACAAAGGAAUGAGUUGUAUUGGGGUAAGAAGUGGUAUGUGUUAAUUGUAUGGGUGCCUAUGGGGCUGGGGAUCAGAAGUGUCUGGUGAGAGGCAGGUUGAGGUUACCAGGGUUAGAGUAGUGUUGAGGAAGAUCCUGAGAUCCUGAGAGGAUUUGCUUUUUAGCGCUCAUCAAUGGACCGCAGAGAUGGAACUUAAGUCACAGAAAAUAGAAGUUGUGGUGGCAGCUGCAGAGAAGUAUUUAGGUGUACGAGAUUUGACAUCAGAGUUAGGGUGUGUUGAGUGGUGGUGUCCAAACCUCCCAGGCCAUUGGCCUGAGGUUGGACCAGAUAGGUUUGAAUAGGGUGGUGGGUUUUUAAUGUGUAGGGUUAGAUGGCAGGGCAUUUUUUUUAAAUGUAUUUUCCACUCAAAGUAUAAGGGAUUUAUACCCUAGUCUAGUUGGUGGCGGUAAUGCAACAUUUAUUGGAUGCCAGCCGCUGUUAAACCUCAACAAAGAAGAAGCUACGUCACAUCCUUUUUCACCAUGGCGGCUGAUUUAACUCCGAGGUUUAGACGAUUGAACAGUCAAACACGGAGCCUUCGUGAAAAUGUUCAACCAGGAUUCUCUGGGCCCUUCCAAGCUACACAGCUGUGGCACCACAUCAUCCAGGCGCUGCAUACACAGGUGGAGGUGCGACGGCGGCGGCGCCACCUCUGUGUGCACCCUGACUGCUUCACAGGCUCGGAUGCAGUAGACGCUGUGCUCAGCUACUUGAUGCAGAAUGUCUUCUUCUGUGCCAGCGAGGUGUCACGCCUCAAGGCCGCCAGGCUCUGCCAGGCACUCAUGGAGGCCAAGGUGUUUGAGGCGGUGGGGACCAAGCUGUUCCGCCGGGACAAGGAGGCCACUUUUGAGGACACGGGCUGCAGCCUCUACCGUUUCCAGGACUGCAGCUCGCUGCCCGGCUCAGCCAGGAAGGCUGGAAAGAAUGGGGACACCGAGAACAUGGCCCCUGAGGACUUAGUGAGGAAGAGGAAGAAAGGCUCUAGACUGAGUGAGCUGAGGACCAUCUCCAAUCCCCUGGCGCUGGGCCCCUCAGACCGGAGGGUAGAGAGGCUGCUGAAGAUCAUCAACCUGCAGCCCUCCCUCCCUAAGGCCAUUACCAAAGCCCCCACCACCAUCUUCCUUUCAAAGACAGUGGUGGAGGAGGUGUGGAAGCAGCAGACGUUGCUUCAGCUGCUGCAGACGGUGGAGCUACCCGUGCUGGACUGUAUCCUGGCAACUCCGACCCGGGGGGCCCAGCCCCACCCCCAGGCUGCCGCCCUGCAGCUGCUGCAGAGCCACCACCAGGACCUGGUCAUCUCCAACACCUGCCUGGACCGUGAGCUGCCCCAGACCCUCAACCUUCCCGAGCUGGACGCAUGGCUGGUGGCAGCCGCUGACUGCCUGGAGCUCUUCCCUGACCAGCUGAUCGUGUUGGCGGGGGAGCACCUCCUCCAGCAGGGCAGUACCACAGAGGGGGCAGAGAGGCUGGCCGGCCAGAAGAAACUGCUGUUUGACACCAUGGCCAAACACUACGGAGGCCAGGAGAGGUCCCCGCUGCUCACCGGACGCUACCUGGACAUCCACACGGCCAUACUGGACCUGCUGGACUGUGGGAAGGUGGAUGAUGCUGUCAGGGCCUAUCAGCUGUGUCUGCAUCUGUUGGAGCCUGCUGGGAGAGAUGAGCUGAGGAGGCUCCUGGCCUUCAUGGCCACAGCAGCCCAUCCGGAUGCAUGCCGUCUGCACAAACAGACAGACAACAGGGCCCUGGUCAGCAGGACAUUUCUGAAGGCCAUCGUGCAGAAUAAAGAGCUAUCUCGUACCCAGAGCGAGAGGCUGCUGCUGUUUCUGAUGGACAACCACACUCAGCUCUUUAAGACCCCCACAUCGCUGAUUGAUGCUGUGAGGAGAACACUGCAAAUCCUGCAGCAAGGAAGAGAUCCGAACAACAUUGCGAUGUUUACGUUCUGCCAGCAGGUGUCGCUGCAGCAGUAUGAGGAUCAGUGCGAGGUGGCCACCCUGGAGAGCCUGAAGCAGCUGAUCAGGGACAUCAGCCGGAGCAAGGCCCUGUCUGUCAAGGAGAGGAGGAGGCUGGUCAAGGAGUUCCAGAAGCACCAUCCCAUAGUCUUCCUCCAGCACUUCUCCUCCACUUUCUAGGGGUGGGGGGGAUUGGAUUAGUUAUAAGAAAUUCCAGGUAUAUUCCAGGUUCAACUUAUCAAUCAGAGGGUAAGGUCAUUCCAGGGCUAUGUUCAGUUGCUAAACGUUCUUUAACAUUACAGAUUGAAGUGAGCCCAUGUGAUUCCUUAUUCUACAUGUCAGAGGCAUGUUUGAUCUACAUAGCGUAUUUAUAUCUGAAUGUUCAAUCCUGCUGAACGUGCCCCUGGUCUACACAAGGGCAUACUACAUAGGGGGUGGGCCUAGGGGUUGAUUUUGGAAUUGGGCAGUAGGUAUCCUUGUCGCCUUAACAAGCGUGUUUGUUCUUCGUUAUGCCAACAUUUUCCACAGUGCUGGCAAUAGUUUUCAGGAAUGCAUUUGCACUAGUUUGUUGGCCAUAGUAUGUUCUCAUCAACACUAGAUGCUAGUGGUAUAUUAGUAGCAAUUGUUUUGUUCUAACAAGGAGAGAUGCACUUACCCAGGUGCCUCAAGGGUUUAUUUCUGGUGAAUGAGAGCAUUCUCUGCUUUCCUUAGCUGAUGCCUGUCAGGAAAACCUUUGAUUUUGUUGAAACCUACACAGUGUGUAAUGUUGGUGAAACAUUUAUCUAAAACUAACAGGCAUAGGAUCUAACUGAAUUUAUUCAGGGCUGGUUUUGGUAUCAAGUAUCUAGUUUUCUCAGGUAGUUUUUAAUUUAGUAAAUAGAAGUUUAGACAGGAUAUUAAGCUUGAACAGGAAUCUCUUUUGACGAUUAAGCAUUACACUUUAUUUCUAUACCUUAAAUGAAAUUGAACACACUUGUGUUGACAGUCUUAACAAAUGACAUAUUGUUUUGGAUUUCGUUGACUGCAUCUUAUAACUGGUAAAGGGAAUAAUGCUGGUAAAUGUAGCACUACUUUUACAUCUGUACAUUUCUGUUCAGGACAAACUGAAUGAUUUGAAAUGGUAUUCAUUUAGUUAAUUUAGUUUCCCACUGCUGUCAAGAACAUGUUUCAUAUCUGUUAAUCACAGAGUUGACACUAACUAUUCUAUUGGAUUGUAAAUAGGCUUUGAUUGCAUGGGUUUGCAAGUUUAAUCAUGGAAUGUUUAAAAUGCAGCCAAAAGUUUACUUUUGUAGUUUGUUGGCGUCUUACAAAUGAAUGCUUCGUCUCAAAUAAGUGCCAUGUUUUUAGCAUAACUUGAAGGAGUGCAUUAACUUAUUGGAAUGAGUGUAAAUCAUACAAUCCAGGGGUGUAUUCAUUAGUUGCACACCCUAGCAAAAAAGUUGUGCAACGAAAAUAAUUUUCUGUUGGACAAAUUCAAAUGGGUCCCUGUUUGUUUCCGUUUUCCUCUGUGUGGUUCCUAGUGAAUACACCCCGGGUUAAGUUGUUGCAUCAUUGGUCCAACGUUUUAAAUUCUAGAGCAUUUUCUAUACUGCUACUGUAUGUUGCUGCCUAGUUUUGAGCUUUACAUAUUUUAGUCAACAGAAUAGUACACAUGAUCCGUAAUGUUACCGAUUCAGGUUUUGUAGUUAAUGCGUUGAAUUGUUUUGAAAUGCACUUUGUUGAAAAACUAUUAAAUACAGUACAAUAAGACUUUCAUUAAACAUCAUUGGAAGUUCCAGUUCUCAUUUGAGCAAUAUUCAAACACUAUACAGAAGGGUGUAAUCACUUGUCUGGUAUAAUCAUGAGAAAAGUGCUCCCAAAUGAACAGAAAGGGCACUUAUCUGAUAGA